AUGAUGGGACGUGCCAGAGGACGGUAGUUCCUCGUUGGUAGGGAUGUCCUCGUGACAUGUUACCCCGUGACCUUGGCUGUCGCGACUACAACGUUGUCCUCCGCGGAGAGGCUCGCCUGCUGGCGCACGGAUCGAGCGAGGAUAACGGUCGAUCGUCGUCCACGUCGUUUCAUCCACGUGGAGUCGAGUACCGCCUACUGCCAGUGCUCCAGGUGAAGCCUGAUUACGCUGUCCCGUAUGUUCUCUGCUGGAGGGUACCCAGCACGACGAUCCACAGGAUCCAAAUCCCGUUACAGCACCAUCAUCAUCAUCAUCGUCGUCGUCGUCGUCGUCGUCGUCGUCAUCAUCAUCAUCAUCAUCGUCAUCAUCGACAGCAUCAUCGCUAUCAACGCCGCCAUCGACAGCGUUGUCGGCGACACUUUCAGGCAACGACUACGCCUCGAAGGCAUCCUGUCCCGCUCCUCCAGGCGUCCGCCUAUCCUUUCUCGUACGGCUGUAGUAGCUCGGAGAGCGGCGAUCCUGCUGCAGCGCCUGGUAUGGAAACAAGGUACAAAGCGAAUCGUUGCGUGAGCGGGGGCGGUGGCCGCGGGAACAGCGCGACUGGUGGUACCGGAGGCGGUCUAGGUAACGGAGGCAGCGGCCGCGGGGGCGGCGGGGGCGGUAGCCCCGGUAGGGGCGGCGGCGGAGGCGGCGUUGGAGGAGGCGGAGGUCGCGGCGGAGGAAUAGACGGUGGCGCGGUACCAGCUACGCCACCGACCAUCAGCCGUUACCACCACCGCUACCAUCAUCACCAUCACCAUCAUCAUCGUAAUCACGACCACGUCACCACGACCACCACGGCGGACGCCGCCACCAUCACUGGCGUCGCCUGGCACCUCAGGCACAAGCUACCCCUUGGAAAGCAGUGCCUUCAGCACCGGCAUCAUCGGUCCCCCUAUCGGGCCUUAAACAUGGGCCAAAAGAUUUCAGGCGGCGUAAAAAGCGUGACACGUGAGGCUGCACCUGGAGCUGUUGGUGGAGUUGGCGUCGGAAGUGGUGGUGUCGUCGCGUAUAAACCCGUGGUACCAAGAGAGCUGGCGCAACACUUCGCGAGGCCGCCACGGCUCGAUGUCCUGCUCGAUAUGCCACCCGCUUCGCGGGAGACGCAGAUUCAUCAUAGCUGGAACGCCAACGACCGUAGCCUCAACAUAUUCGUCAAGGAUGACGACAAGUUAACGUUUCACCGGCACCCGGUGGCCCAAAGCACAGACUGCAUAAGAGGGAGAGUAGGGUACACGAAAGGUAUGCAUGUCUGGGAGCUGUUCUGGAGCACGAGGCAAAGAGGCACGCACGCCGUAGUGGGCGUCGCGACCGCAGAGGCACCCCUUCACAGUGUCGGAUACCAGAGCCUGGUGGGUAACAACGAACAAAGCUGGGGUUGGGAUCUCGGUAGGAACAAGCUUCUCCACGAUUCGAAGAACAAUACCGGUAUCACGUACCCAGCUCUCCUCAAGCCCGACGAAACGUUCAUUGUUCCUGACAAAUUCCUCGUGGUCUUGGACAUGGACGAAGGUACGUUAGCAUUCGUCGUGGAUGGUCAAUAUCUUGGAGUCGCGUUCAAAGGCCUGAAGGGGAAGAAGCUUCAUCCUAUCGUGUCCGCUGUAUGGGGACACUGUGAGAUCACGAUGAAGUAUAUCGGUGGACUUGAUCCUGAACCAUUACCCCUGAUGGAUCUCUGUCGAAGAGUGAUUCGAAAACGAAUCGGCAAGGACAAGAUAGAAGAGAAAGUGAACGCGCUGAGCCUGCCGUUAGCAGUGAAGACUUAUCUCCUGUAUCGUGACAGGAGGUAACUACCGAGUGCUAGCUCUGAAACUACCACUACUACCAUGAUUACGACUGUGAACACCACUGCGCUAUUAAAUCGUUGCCACCACGACGUACAGGGGAACGCCCGCUACCCCGUCGUAUGCCACCAAGCACAGCCCAUAAGCCGCUUAUACGAUCCAUGGUGUUUGUAUCCAUGUAAAGAUAAGUCAAGACGAGUACGAUCAUCGUGGUCACGUACGUUGUCGUCGUCGUCCUUUUCGUCGUCCUUCUCAUCGUCGUCGUCGUCGUCGUCGUCGUCGUCAUCGUCUUCGUCUACGUCUUCGUCUACGUCUUCGUCUUCGUCUUCGUCAUCGUCUUUAUCAUCCUCAUCAUCAUUCUUGGCAUGAUAUUCGUCGUUAUUGUCAUAUGUUCAUCAUUGUCGUUGUCACUGUCGUUGUUAACCUGAUCGUUAUCGUCGUUGUUCCCGUACACGAUCAGACGACGCCACAUGGACGGAAAAAAGGAAAAUUCAGAACGCGCGAGUGGGACAUACACGCGAAUCGUAUCGGGACUAGCGAAUUAUUUAGGUGAUAUCGUUGCCUUGUAUUAACAUCAUGAUCAAAAUGGAGUUUUUAUUAAUUGUUAGUAAGAAAAA